AUGUCUCCUGCUAUUAAGAACCAAGAGCCUAAUCUGGACAUUAGCUUCCAAGACUACCUGGUCUUGUCAAAGCUCGUUUUCGACUGGGCAGAUAGCUAUGAUGCCAAGGACUGGGAUCGUCUGCGCAGCAUAAUUGCUCCAACUUUGACGGUGGACUACACCAAGAUUGGACUCCGAAGAUGGGACGACAUGUCAGCGGAUGAUUAUAUGGCCAUGGUGACUCACCCUGGAUUUCUGGGUGACCCCACUGUAAAGACACAGCACUUGCUUGGUCAAACUUGGUGGGAGAAGAUCUCCGACACUGAGGUUAUCGGUCAUCACCAGCUUCGUGCAGCGCACCAGGUGUAUACCGAUGCGGAUUUAAAAGAGGUCAAGCUUCGUGGGCACGGCCACGCCACCAACGAGCACUACUACCGAAAGGUCAACGGAGUGUGGAAGUUUGCCGGCCUCAAGCCCAAUGUGCGGUGGAAUGAACUGCGGUUCGACGAUGUAUUCAAGGGUCUGGACUGA